AUGCAUUCUGUGUUUCAGCUGAUCUGCAUGUACAACUACGUAAAACAAGAUCCAUUUGUUAACUUUACUGAUGUCCCCUCUGACCUGCUACUGUACUACAGGUCUAUGAGAAGAUACAAGGUGAACUGCCAGUCAUAUUUCAGUGCCCUGGGCAAAGCAGAUUUCUAUGUUGUUUCUCCUGUCCUUGACAAAAUGACCAACCUGUUCAACAAUGCAAAGGACUGCCUGGGUAUAUCUGGUGUGAGCCUGACCGGGGAUCAGGUGGAUGUUCUUGGGAAUAUGGCCUGCACACUGGAAUUCUCCUACAUUCAGAACUCUGACCCUCUCAUUUUGGAGAAACUAAAGAACUGUGAAGAUCUUUCUGAUUCUCAGAUCACUGCUAUACAGUCACUGCUGCUCAGUGGAAACACUACUUAUGGUAAUCCAUCAACAUGGAAUGAGCAGACCGUGGAACAACUCGGCAUGCUGGCUGUUUAUUUCAAAUCAGACCUCUGCAACAAGCUUAGCUUUAAUGUAAAAAGGAAAGUUCUUUCAGUCCUGAGGAAGCAGAAGCUCCCAAUAAAGAAACUAAGUGCAUUCUUUACAGAAUGCAACUCAGAAAGCACUACAGUGAGCAAGAUCACAGCAGCAACAAUUGCAGAUACAUCGUUUCCUUACGGCUUUAACUCCACGCUGUUUGAUCUGUAUCUGGACAUCGAUGUCCUACAGGACAACCUGGCAGCCAUUACUGAGAAAGUGGUGGACACCAGCCUCCAGAAUGUCAUUCUGAACAAGUUAAACCAGAUUUAUCCAUCAGGCCUUAAUGAUGAUGUGCUGCAACUACUAGGUUCCACGUCUCGGGUAGCAUCUAUUGAUGCUAUUAGCAAAUGGAACAUUACUAUAAUUGAUACGCUGUCCUCUUUACUGGACUCAAAUGAUGGAAGCUGGGAACCAGAAAAGAGUAAAGCAAUCAUCAUGAGAUAUCUGAACAUUGAUAUUCAUUCUCUGGGAAGUGCUGAAAUAAAUAUCAUUGGUUCUUACAUCUGUACAUUAGACAUCAAUGUACUGGAAAAUAUCACUGCUGAGAACCUAAUAAUGGUCCUGCCUCCAGAUCUGACUUUGUGUUCGACUCAACAGAAAUCUGCUCUGUACAUCAUUGCCAAAUCUUCAUUUAUCAAUCUCCGCAGCAAUGCCACUACGUACUACCAACUCAUGACACCCUACCUAGGUGGAGCACCCGUGGAGGAUAUAGAAGCACUUUCCACCCAGAACAUCAACAUGGACAUCAACAUAUUCAUUAGUCUGAAACCAAGUUCUCCAGUGAAGGCUCUAUUGGGGGUAAACAUGGCUGAUCUGAAGCUAUUUGAGAACUCCUCAGCCAUUCAAUCCUGGGUGUCACAACAAAACCAAUCUGAUUUGGACACACUGACUCUUGGCCUCAUCAACCGCAACCCUUGUUAUGGUGUUAACAGUUACCCACUUUCUAAAGAUUUUGCAUCUGGAAACAUUUCUGCAGUACUGUGCAACUUCAACAUUUCUGAUUAUGCAUGUUCAUCAGUAAGUCUUCUGUGA